AUGGCAGACUCUACAAACGCAGCAGUUGCACCGCGAGUAUGCGUGGUCUGCAAUAAGGCUGAGGUUGAAUUGUCCACUGGCUCUGGCUUAAAAAGAUGUAGCCGCUGUCAGAAAGCGACAUACUGCUCCAAAGAGUGCCAGACAGCUCACUGGCCGCAACACAAAACCGUAUGUCGAUGCCCAGGCACCACACGCACCAACCCUACUACCACGCCUCUUCGCCCUCCUCACCCUCUCCUGUUCAACUACUUCAAGGACUUUGACACUGAGUCCAAGACCUUCGAGAUGCUUAUUGAUGCCUUUCGCCUUCGCUGCGACGACGACUAUGCUUGGGGUGCUCAUUACCAUGGCAUCUAUGGCCGAAAGCCCCCGCUCCCGGUGUUCCGCGAUUUUCUGGCUCGCGCGAAAGCCGCGGGGAUGUUGCCACGCUGGUGGGAUGAGGAGAAGGAGAAGGAAUGUGUGCGAAUGGCAAUGGAGGAUGAACACUUCAACAUCAAGUUUGCGGUGGAGAAACAUGAUAUCGUGGAGCACUACGAGGAUCGCCUUAUGCCGAUGACGCUACGCAUGGCUGCAGAAAAUGUCUAUGGUGGCGGAUAUGGGAUGGGGCAGAGACCAAUGCCCGAGGACUAUGUGUGUCAAUGUUGA